AUGAUACAUGAAGAUAACGACUUAGAUAUGGAGGUGAUGAUCCAAGAUACAUUUAAAUACAAUCCAUCAAGCAAUGCAUGGACGAAAGUAGCAUCAAUGCAAACCCGCCGCGUUUAUCACUGUGCAGUAGCUUUGGAAGACCUUAUUUAUGUGAUUGGAGGUUCUAAUGGCCAGAUCUCCCUUAAGAGUGUUGAGAUGUAUGAUGCAUUAACCAACCAGUGGAGGAGAGCUUCAGAUAAGGCUAAUCCCCGUAAGCUUGGUGCAGCAGUAAAUGCUAGUGGGAAGAUCUUUGUCACUGGGGGGUAUUUUGAUAAUGAUGAAACAAGUGUGGAGCCUAGUUGCGAAAUUUUUGAUCCACUUGUUAACCAAUGGAGCCUGAUACCUGGACCUUGCCAACCUCGCUGUUGUAUUGGCAUCGUGAGUGUGGAUGAUAUGGUGUAUAUUUUUGGUGGUGAGGAUUCAGAGAAGUGGGUGAAU